UGCGCACUGGAUCUGACCAGCCCUCCGCCUCUCCUCCUCUUUCGCUCAAAUUCAGGGGGCGCAGUUUACUACAGCAACUGUGAGAAGAAGCUACUCCGGUCCGCACACAUGGAACUUUCAUUGUCGUUUUAAGGUGGAAUGCGUUCCUCUUCACUGGGAGCUGUUUGCACCAUAACCGGUUUGGAGGAGGCGGAGGAGACCGCGCGGAGUUGUAUGGGGACUGAAGCAGCAGCAGCAGCAGCGCCAAACUCACAAUGCGCUCUGAGUGAACGCAGACAAUACUGAGGCGCGGACACGCUGAGGAGCAGCUCUCUCGCACCCUUCUUUCUGCCCACACCUUCCCCACCAACAAGGUGGCUUCGUUUUCUGCCGCUCGACAGUUUGACUGAGACGGAACCGCAACAAGGGGAAAGGCUUGAUCUCCGAACUCAGCCAUGACGUCUCCGGCCAAAUUCCGAAAGGACAAGGAGAUCGUGGCCGAAUAUGAAACUCAAGUGAAAGAGAUCCGCGCCCAGCUGGUGGAGCAACUGAAGUGUCUGGAUCAGCAGUGCGAGCUGAGAGUGCAGCUGCUUCAGGACCUGCAGGACUUCUUCAGAAAGAAAGCAGAGAUUGAGAUGGACUACAGCCGCAACAUGGAGAAGUUGGCCGAGAGGUUCCUCACCAAGACACGGAGCACCAAGGAUCAUCUAAAAAAGGAACAGAACUUUCUGUCUCCAGUCAACUGCUGGAACCUGCUGCUGCUUCAGGUCAAGAGGGAAAGCCGCGACCAUGCCACUCUGUCCGACCUCUACCUCAACAACAUCAUCCCACGCUUCGCACAGAUCAGCGAGGACUCAGGACGGCUCUUCAAGAAGAGUAAAGAGGUGGGCGUGCAGCUGCAAGAGGACUUGAUGAAGGUCCUAAAUGAACUUUACUCGGUGAUGAAGACGUACCACAUGUACAACACUGACAGCAUCAACGCCGAGUCCAAGCUAAAGGAGGCGGAGAAGCAGGAGGAGAAGCAGAUGGGACGCUCCAGUCGACAAGACGACCGACAGACACCCCGCUCCCCCGACACGCUGGCCAGUAUCAAAGCUGAUGAGAAACCCAUCCGCCGCUCCAGCGUCAAGAAGAUCGAGAAGAUGAAAGAGAAGAGGCAAGCCAAGUACACAGAAAACAAGCUGAAGGCCAUCAAGGCCAGGAACGAGUACCUGCUGGCUCUUGAAGCGACCAACAGCUGUGUCUUCAAAUACUACAUCCACGACCUCUCCGACAUCAUUGAUUGUUGUGACCUGGGUUACCAUGCCAGUCUGCAUCGCGCCCUCCGGACGUACCUUUCCGCCGAACAGAACGUGGAGACGUCGAAACACACCGGUCUGGAGACCCUAGAGGGUGCCACUGAGAGUCUGGAGGCCAACGGAGACAAACAGAAGCUGAUGGAGACCUACAACAACGUCUUCUGUCCUCCGGCCCGCUUCGACUUCCAGUCCCACAUGGGAGAUACGAUGGGAGUUGUUUGUGCGCAGCAGCCUCUGGAAGGCGAGCUGAACCAGAGAGGUCAGCAGCUGCAGUCCCGCCUUUCCACGCUGAAGAUUGAAAACGAAGAGGUGAAGAAAACCAUGGAGGCCACGCUGUCUACCAUCCAGGACAUGGUGACGGUGGAGGACUACGACGUCUCCGAGUGCUUCCAUCACAGCAACAGCAUGGAGUCGGUCAAGUCUACCUUCAGCGAAUCUUAUCUCAGCAAGCCCAGCCUUGCCAAGAGACGAGCCAACCAGCAGGAGACGGAGCAGUUCUACUUCACGAAGCUGAAGGAAUUUUUGGAAGGCCGAAACUUGAUCACUAAGCUGGAGGCCAAGCAUGACCUCAUCCAGAAGACCCUGGGAGAGAGUAAGAAGACUGACUGCUGCCUUGCUAGUGGACGGAGAAACUAUGCUGUGAGGAAGCAGGACUCGGGUGAAGCCAUUCCUCUGAUGGUGGAGAGCUGCAUCCGCUUCAUUAGUCACCACGGUCUGCAGCAUGAGGGAAUCUUCAGGGUGUCAGGCUCUCAGGUGGAGGUCAAUGACAUCAAGAAUGCAUUUGAAAGAGGUGAGGACCCGCUGGCUGGAGACCAGAAUGACCAUGACAUGGACUCCAUUGCUGGGGUCCUCAAGCUCUACUUCAGAGGACUGGACCACGCCCUUUUCCCUAAGGAAGUCUUCCAUGAUCUCAUAUCCUGCGUCUCCAUGGAGAGCCUUCAGGAGCGGGCCGUCCACAUCAAGAAAGUGCUGCAGUCCUUGCCAAGCAAAACCCUCAUUAUCAUGAGAUAUCUCUUCGCCUUCCUGAAUCAUCUUUCUCAGUACAGCGAGGACAACAUGAUGGACCCGUACAAUCUGGCCAUUUGUUUCGGCCCCACCCUGAUGUCGGUGCCGGACGGUCACGACCAGGUCUCCUGCCAGGCCCACGUCAAUGAGCUCAUCAAAACCAUCAUCAUCCACCACGACACCAUUUUCCCUGGACCGCAGGACCUCCCUGGACCUGUCUACACCGUCCCUGGAGCCACUGACGACUUCUGUGAUAGUCCACACUGUGAGCCCCCCCUGGUGGAGGAGCCUGCGCCUGACACCGUCUCUGUCCGCAACAACAGUGAAGAUGGCUCCCUCGCUGUUUCAGAGUCGGACCCCAUCGAAGCGGUCGCUCGGUUUGACUACUCCGGCCGCAACAGCCGAGAACUGUCGUUCAAGAAGGGAGCGUCUCUACUUCUGUUCCAGCGAGCCUCCGACGACUGGUGGGAGGGGCGACACAAUGGAGCGGAUGGGCUGAUCCCACAUCAGUACAUCAUCGUCCAGGACACGACCGACGGAGGUCGGGGAAGUCCAAAGCCUGACGUAGAUGCUCGGGAGCUUCUGGAGGAGCGAGUGUCCACCAGAGGCAGCGCUGCAUCGCCGACCGGAGCUCACGUUGCCGAUAUCUACUUGGCCAAUCUCAACAAGCUGAGGAAGCGUCCGGAGUCUGGCAGCAUUAGAAGAACCUUCAGGAGCUCGGAGAGCGACGGCACCAGCCCAGGAGCCAGCGGAAGCGUGAGAGCGGCGUCACUUCCUGUCGGGAGCACCUUAGGGAAAGAGUCUGGGGACAAGCGUCCCGUUAGCGCGCACAGCAUCCUCAACUCUGUCACCAGACACUCGUCCCUCAAGACCAAAGUGGAGAGUCCUCAGCUGCGGAAGAGCACCCCUGCGGGACGCUCCAAGAGUUUCAGCAACCACCGCCCCCUGGAGCCGGAGGUCAUUGCUCAGGUGGAGCACAGCUCCCAGGACAUCGAGGCGGCCAUGAGCUCUGCCCUGAGCGAGCUGCGGGAGCUGGAGAGGCAGAGCACCUCCAAGCACACCCCAGACGUCGUGCUCGACACGCUGGAGCAGCUGAAGGGAGUAGGGGGCGGAGGAGGCGGAGCCUCGGAGCCCUCCAGCCCGCUCCACUCCCGUCUGUUCCGGGACAGCGAGGGCAGCGUAUCCCACGCUCACCCGCUCCAGCGCAGCGCCUCCUCGGCCAGCGACGUGCCCUCCUCCUUCAGACCCAACAAGAACCAGCCACGCAGCCCCCUGCCGUCCGCCACCUCACCCUCCCUCUCCUCCUCCUCCCUCUCUUCCUCCGUUCCUUCCUUCAGGGAGCUGCGCCCACCUGCCACCAGACCCAAGCCUGUGGUCUUUCCAAAGAGUGGUGGAGGAAGCGGCAGCCCGGCCAUGGGCUCUCCCACCGCCACCAUUCCACCGACACCUCCACCUCCUCCCGUGGGUCACACGCCCCCUCCCCCUCCACCGCCCCAGUCUAACGAUAAAUCCUGCCCAGCAUAACGUCCCUCAUUGUAACACUGAUUUUCAAACGGAUCUUCUCAACUCCUCAUGUGUAGCUUCCACUCAUGACUCCAUGUUCCCUUCAGAGUGUCUGGGUUUACCGUUGGCAAAGGCGCUGGGGUGUUGAUUCACCAAACCGAAACCCUUUGCUACAAGAGCGAUUCAGCGAAUCACUGGAUUUUAAGAUGGAGGGAACAUGACUCAGGACUGAUGAGUGCGAGAUCCGGUUGGAGUGGGUGCACAGAAGCUUGGUGAGGAAAAACACUGCUUCUCCCCCCCCCCGUUUUGAGUUGGAUCCUCCAGACUGUGAGGUGUAAUGUCGAAGAAAAGGGGCCAAUCGGCUCUUCCUCCAGCAUCACUGUUAGUACCAUAACAGCAGAGCGGCUCUCCCAAGUCAGAGAAUUUUCUUCAUCCAUAGCAAUAAAAGGCAUCAGGAGGCUUCGGUUUGAACAUCUGAGGCAGCUAAGCACCCUUCAGGUUCUCUUGCAUGCGGGGCUCGAGGUCGAAGAGUUUACAUAUCUGAUAUACCAGCGAAAGGGCCACUUCAGAAAAAAAACAAAAAACAUAAAAAAGCUUGCUCCUUUAAACGAUGAGGGUGUGACGUGCAUAUUCAGUAACCAAACACAGGACGAGUGUGUGUCAUGGAAAGCACAACCAACCACCUCACCGGACGUUUUCCUCCCAUUUCCUGUUUUCUCUCGGCCAGGUGUGUGCAUGUGAGUGUGUGUCUGUGCAUGGUUGUGGAGUUUGUGUUCUAACCCCGCGGGUUCCGAGCGUGUGACGUGGACGAACACUAAUGAGAUGAGAGCGACUCUGACAUUCCCACUCACCACAGGAUUCUAACUGUAAAUGUUUUUUUUUUUUUAUCUCUGUAUAUUGUUUGUGUAUGACCUGUUGUUUUUUUGUGUUGCUCUUACCUCAUCACGACAACUGGAGGGAUUGUGCUCACGUACAGGUUUCGGUGUUUGUCGAUCAGUAAUCAUGCACUUGAACAACGUGGCUUGGACUAACUGUGUGGGGGUGACUUCUUGUUAAACAUGCAUUUUUUGUGUCUAUGAAACGGCAGAACUAGGAAAAAAAAAACAAGACUAUAUUGUCAACUCUAUUUAUAGUUGUCUCUGUAUUACUGGAGAAUCCUGUGUUCAGAUGUAUAUACAAUGUUGUACAUUACAGAGGUACACUCUUUUUUUGGUACAAUAUUGUACAGUAAUAGCAAUAGACGUUUAAUCAAAUUGGCCUUAUACUGUAUAAUGUGUAGUUCUUGUAGUUGAUCUGUUUUUUAAUAAACAUUGCUUGCAAUAAAG